AUGAACAAUCAGAAGGUUACUCUACUUGUACUGCUUGACUUGAGCUCAGCGUUUGACACGGUGGAUCAUCAAGUCCUUCUUCGUCGUCUUCAAGUAACGUUUGGAAUAACGGGUAAUGCGCUUGAAUGGUUUCGGUCUUAUUUAUCUGGCAGAUCACAGCGAGUAGUAAUAAAUGGAAGCCAUUCAAGGGAAUUUCCUCUGAUGUAUGGUGUCCCUCAGGGCUCCUGUUUAGGGCCACUACUGUUUAUAGUAUAUUCUAGCAAGCUAUUUGAAGUCAUAAAGAAUCACCUUCCUGACGCCCAUGCUUAUGCUGACGAUACUCAGCUGUACAUCUCAUUUAAGCCUGAUUCUACUGCUAGUGAAUUAGAAGCGGUAACUUCAUUGCAAAACUGCAUAGCUGAUAUUAAGACAUGGAUGACCGUGGACAAACUCAAGCUGAAUGAUGAUAAAACUGAAUUUAUUAUAAUUGGAACUCAUGCACAACUGAAUAAGAUAAAGAUAACUGAGUUAAGAAUUGGUCAGGUAAUGGUGUCGUCAGUAUCCGAUGCUCGAAAUCUUGGAUCCUGGUUUGAUAACAUUUUGAGUAUGAAAACGGCAAUUAAUAAGACCUGUCAAUCUGUGAUUUAUCACUUACAUAAUGUCAGGCGAAUAAAGAGAUUUUUAUGCUUUGAAGACAGAAAGACGAUUGUUCAGGCCAUGCAUGGUCAUGUCAAGAAUAGACUACUGUAAUAGCUUACUAUUCGGUGUUUCGUCCACGCAUCUUAUGAAGCUUCAACGAGUGCAGAAUGCUGCAGCCCGCUUGGUGUGCUCAGUUCCAAAACAUGAACAUAUCACACCGUCGUUAAUCAGAUUACACUGGCUACCAGUUAAAUUUAGAAUAAAUUUUAAAAUUGCAAUGCUCACAUUCAAAUGUAUAAACAAAACUGCUCCCGAAUAUCUAAGCAGUUUAGUGACCAUCAAGAAGACACCUCGUUACAACCUAAGAUCAAAUACAGGAAAGUUACUACAAGAUAACACUGCUCGGUCGAAAAAUACAUUAGGAGACAGGGCAUUUUCUAAUGCCUCAGCAAUAGUAUGGAACAGUCUUCCUGUUUUUAUAAGAAGUCAGGAAAAUUUUAGUACUUUUAAGUCACUUCUCAAAACACACUAUUUCAGGGAAGCUUUUAAAGAAUAAAUAAAUUUUAGAACUUGAGCGGUAACUGUUUUUGUAAAUAUUCUAAAUUUUAUUUAUUUAUAUUUUUAAAUCUAUAGCUAGUUUAAGUAGUUUGUAAAGCGCAUUUGAUCAUACCAAUUGCAUGUUAAUUUGCGCUAUAUAAGUAGUAAAUUAUUAUUAUUAUUAUUAUUAUUAUUAAAAUACACACCAUAUGGUGUGUAAAAAUACACACCUUUUUGGAAAACACGCUUUAAGGUGUGUGAAUUUGGCUACAAGCAAAAAAGUUACGUUAGUAGAGCGAGUUUAAGAUGCGCCAAAUCUGAGACACGGAUGCGACUAAAAAUGGGAGACUAGACAGUCGCUAAUAAUGAGAGACUAGUUUUACUUUGUCUUUCUCGUGUCUCACAGUCUCUAUCUUUGUUUACCAACAAUAAUCCAUAGUUUUACCCAUGAAGUGAAAUUGUGAUAAAAGCGGCAGUUUUUCGUCACGUCCGCGUCGUAGAUUUGGUAGUAGACAAAUUUAGAAAAGACGACGCGACCUCAAAGACGACGUGAAAAUGGCGUGGCACAUCCAUAUAUGAACAGAACACGCAAUUUUCACGUCGUCUUUGAGGUCGCGUCGUCUUUUCUAAAUCUGUCUAGUAUUAAUGAUAAUGCUAGGAACCUGACGAGAUGCUACAGAUCAGCAUCUUCCAACACAACACAACACAACAUAUUAACCAGGGGCCGGUUGUUCAAAGGUGGAUUAGCGCUAACCAUGGGUGAAAAUUUAACCUGCUGUUUUAGUUUGUGUAUUUCUGCAUGUCUUUUUAUUUCAAAACUUCAGAGAAGUAAACUCCUAUUGAUCCUGACAAGAUCUCUGAAGAAAUAUUUCUAAAUUUAUAGACAAGCUGUCAGAAAGUUUGCUUUGAAUUUUAGGUUAAUCUAGGGUUAAGCUAACCCAGCUUUGAACAACCGGCCCCUGGUAUAAAAUUCACACCGGAAUCAUUGGACUGAUAGCUACUGCUGUCAGAUUCUGUUAACAGACCAUCAAGAUUCUCUGGGUACAAGAUUAAUCAAGAUUCGACUCACUUGCGUGACGUCACAAUAAAUGCUAGUGCCAGACUCCUGUCGCCGACGGCCAUUAGCCAAAAAUAUUUGGAUUCAAAGCAUAGAUCUAUGUUCAAAGUUUCAAACCACAGAAUAAGGUUUGAUGAAAUCGAAAAUUUUUGUCACUAGAACACUGCACUAAAUGAGUACUUUCAACAGACUGAAAAUCAUUUUUUGUGUCAGGGGCACUUUAAUGGGUUAACCCAUUGAGUUGCUUAAUUAAUAUAAAUUGAAUUAAUACUGUGUCUAACAACAGAUGAUUUUACUUGUAGAGGGGAGAGCGCUGGCUCUGACUGGGUUAAGCAAGAACAGUAACGACAGUGAUAUCAUCUCCAACAUGAAUCGUCCCAGGUAUACCAGCAACAAAAUGAUUUUCAAACAAAGGCCUCUGUCCAUGACCAUGUCUUGCAUCAUCACCUAUUCACCUUUAGAUACACAUAUUCUGAAUAAAAGAAAAGAGCCGUCCUAAAUGGUUGGCUGAAUGAUUAGACAGAUUUAGAAAAGACGACGCGACCUCAAAGACGACGUGAAAAUGGCGUCAAAAUGGCGUGGCACAUCCAUAUAUGGACAGAACACGCCAUUUUCACGUCGUCUUUGAGGUCGCGUCGUCUUUUCUAAAUCUGUCUAUUGACUGAAGCGUGUUGUUGAUGGAAAUUAUCAAGUGGAAAUUUAUAAACAUUUUAUUAGAUCUAACCCGGAACAGCUGUGAAAAAUGUAACUUUAGGUCCUUGGCAGGAAUUGAACCUGUUGCCUUGCAAUUCCGGUGCAGUGCUCCAACCAACUGAGGUACACAGGCCAGCCGCAAAACUCUAAAAUCACAAGCUCCUCUAUAUAUAAUUAUAGGGUUAGGUUAACUGCCAUGUUUUAGGUUAUGGGCAGUGGCGCCGUGUCCGGGGGGGCAGGGCAGGGGGCAUGGUCACCCCAUUUUUUGAGACCCGUCGGAAAUUGUUGGAAAAUUGCCAAUGUUGUCGCCGGGGGGGAGGGGGGGUGGUGGUGGUGAAGAUUUAAAAUGUUGUCGUCCGGAAAAAUUUUUGGUUUGUCGGAAAAAAAUUUCGGUUUGUCGGAAAAGCACUGCCCUUGCCCCCCCAAAAAAAAACAUGGGUCCCACGGCGCCACUGGUUAUGGGUAAAUAUUAAGAAUUUGUUGGCAUACUGGUUAGGUCUAAUAAAAUGUAUAUAAAUUUCUACUCGAUAAUUUCCAUCAACAACACACUUCAAUUAUUGAAUCGAGCGAGAUGCUAACAAAAUCUCAAUGAUUGAUAAUAGACAGCAGUGGACAGAUUGACUGAUAGGCUAACUUAGGGAACAUUAACUAGUAAAUUCAAAGUCACAAUGCUACAUCACCUUUUUAGAAUCUCCAGCGCUGUUCUCCAUCAUUUCGUUUCACACCAGCAUGCAUAUGUCUAAUCUUGUUAAUUAAUACACAUCUGAAAGAACGAUUAAUAUUCCAUAGUGUCAAUAGAAUAUUUAGUGCAUACAUGUAUAUACCUUCCACCUGUGGUUUGAUUUCCUGGUUUAAUUCCUGUAAUAUUGUUAUUCGAGUGAAAUGUUGCACAUGAUACAGCUAGAGUGCUUCCAGUCUGACUAAUUUAUAUCAAUUGCAAACAUCAGCAGUGGUGGAAAUCUUGGUGGGGAGGGGGGUGGGGCCACCUUCGUGGAAAAUGACGAAUUUUCGGAAACUUUGACCUUUAAAAGGCCUAAAAACAGCCUUUUCGAGUGCAAAUGGGGGGGGGGGAUUGUCGGAAAUUUAGAAGGCUUCGUCCCCCCCCGGAAAAAGUGAAUUUCCGCCACUGAACGUCAGGGUUACAUGGUUGUAAUGAAAUGAUCAAUAUACAAACAUACAGUGUAUAACCAAUACAUUACAAUAUUGUAAUCUAAUUAUUGUCACUUGUCUGAGCUAUUGGAAUCACUGUCGCUGUACUAAUUAAACAACAGGCUUUAAGACAUGGAGGGGCUUAUAUUUGGAAUCAUGGCCUGUGUGUUAGUGAAUAUAGUGGGCUUAUACACAGAGGGCCUAUACCGGGGGGAGGAGAGUUAUAUUCUAAGGUAUAUUACUAUCCAACGUUUCAUAUAUCCUAGCUGAAUCAUACAAUAUAAACACGGUUGAACACAGUUCCGGAAAGUACGGACAGCACCUUGGCCAUCCUUUUUGUGAUUGACGUCUGGCUUUACAGUCAAAGUGAGAUACUUUCCAGGAGGGUGGACUCUGUAUGCAAGAAUAUACAACACUAUGUGCAUGAUUUCAGAAACUAUUAAUAUAUCCAGGUUUAUAAGGAAGUUUAUAAUAAUUAUUAAAUAUAGGAUUCCUCUUUUGACGAUUGAAGCAAGCUUUAGACAAGAAUAUUUCGCAUCAACUAUCGUCAGAAAAGGAAACAAAACAGUACAAAAUAUAUUGAAAGCUUCAAUGUACCUUUCGGUAGAAAUCAACGGCGGCGCGACCUCUUGGUUAAAUUAAUUGACGGUGUAGAUUUCACUUCCCCUUCAUCUAUUCCAGUCGAUUCAUCGUCUUAGAUAGAUAUAAUCUUUAAAUUUUAACCUUCUACAAGCAUAUAUUUUCAUCGGAAUUUGUUUUGAAAACAAAUACGGUAAUUUUUUGAAAUUUUUGAGCCGUCUCGCACGUGUCUCGAACUCGCGGGACCAGUGCGAAUUUUCCUGCGUCCUGAUUGGAUGAUGCCCACGCAUGCGCUACGUUUACCCGAGUGUCAAGUUAUCGCGCAUGCGUUUGUUUCAAUGAUUUGGUAAACACCGACCUAAAGCGUCCCACAUGCACCACACCAGGCAACUGUAACGUACUUAUAUACCGAAAUGUUACUAUUACUUGUGUGUGGUAGUUACCGAUCAUAGGAUCUUGCGAAAAGGGUGCCAGGCAUAAUGGUCUGGGGGCCGCCGGCACUCUCCCCCGUCGUUCGUUCGAUACCGGUUGGUAAGCCACCUAUUCACCGCCUCUGACGAUAGCGUUGAGUUUAGCCGAAAUCUAGCUUAAACGUUAACAUACGGCGUUCUAGCGGCUAGCACGAGACGGACUUGACCGAUACGGGCUAGCAGAGUCGGGAAGUAUGGACUGACGAGGCACUUUUCUUUUUAAAAAUUUUAUUUCUAAUUUACCAUUCGAUAUAAAAACAGAUCUUCUAAUUUACCGAUCAAUUGAAUUGUGACUAAACAAAGUUUAAUAGCAGUGUGUUUUGUGCUUUUUAUUCUAAUUUAUAGAAAUCUAAAAAUGUAUCUUUACUACUUUUUUGUGUCAUAUCAAAUUUAGAAACAAGAUUAAAAACCUAAAUUAAACUAUUUUAAGUUCUAAAGUUUCACGCCAGAAUACCAACUAUUUCGCUAUUUUGUAGGUACCCGUCUACUUUCUGGUCCGCCUUCAUUUUAACCAAUCAGAUCACGAUCCAAAAAAUCUCUUAAUCUGAUUGGCUAAUUGAAGUGAUCCGUUAAUCCCACCAAGUUUGAACACAGUUGUGGUUUGAAAGAGUUUUGGGUAACCUUCAAGGACUUCAAGUGUUACAGCGAAAGUAUUAACUGAGCCACAGCAAUAAAAUUAACUGCAACGGCAAAACAAAAUUGAAACUCGCGGUAAAAUAAAGUUAACUCACGGCAAAACAAAAUUAACUAAUGACAAAAUAAAAAGUCACGGGUGAAAUAAAGUUAAUUUUUUAAAGUCGUGGAGAUCCCCCGCGCAUUCCCGCCAUUCUUGUAACGCUGUGAAGUUGUGAACCUAGUGUUUGUUGAGAGCGGUUGACAAAAUCUUUUGCUCAGUGUGUGACUGUUCUGGUGCCAAAAGGCUACAAAUUUUGCUCAAAAUGUGGAAUAUAAAUGCACUGUAUAUUUUUAAAAAAAAAUGUCUCAAAAACUGUCUGACAAAGCUGUUUGAAACUCAUUAAAUAAAGUUUGUAUUUUGAGUGAUUCAACGUCAGAUUUUACUGAUUUCUGACCCCUUUUCUUCAGUAUUUUAAUACUUUAAUAGUCCUUGAAUUUGCUGAUACAUGGCCUUGAAUUUGACUCUUCUUCACAUGUACGAACCCAGCUGUAUAAAUCUAACCUCGAUGGCUCGAUCAUUUACUGUAACUAGUACUAACUACUAUAUAAAACUAGUCAACUGUGUAUAUAAAUUUCAGAGGAUACAUAUUUAAUAUUGAAUGGGCCAAUUGCGGAAUUGCUAAGCAUCAUGGUAGUUUAGUUACACAGCAGAAUUUUUCAACAUGGCGCUUAUACUUUUCGAACGAGGGAAGGUGCUAAACACAUGAGAAUUGCAAGAAAACGUUUAUCAUUUUCGCUUUGAUUAAAGUUUUCACUAAAUCUGUACGACUUGUUUCAUAUUUCUACUUCGUCUUGGACUUCUACGAGUGAGUGCGGUUGAAAUAUUUAACAUGGCGUACAAAGUCACUGAAGCGGGGAAGGAGUUCGAUUCGUAGUAGUCAGGAACAAAUUUUUGAAUAUUUCACAACAUGAAGGUGAGUACUGCAUUAAAUUAUUUUCGAAAGAAGGAACACGUUGUAAACUAUUAUUUGCCUAAAAAUUUUAAUGAUCGGUUUAAUUCUAGCGAACUCGAGAGACAAAAAUGUUUGCACACUUGACCGUCCCAAAACAACAGAUGUUUGAUCAAACGUUCGUUUCACAACCACAAAACAUUGAGGUUGUUUGGCGCGAAAAAUCAAAACAGUUACUGUUUGAAAUACCGAGCUUUCACAUUUCAAAGGUUUUCAAAGAUUUAUAAAGUACUUUUAAGUACUAUUCACUGCUGUUCAAGUGUCUUAUUGGAGUUUUUAACUACAACAUAUUUACGCGAGUCAAAUUUAAAGCAACCUCGCUUGUUUCGAGUAUAUUUUGGAAAGUUUCGAGCCGUUUGGUUUGCUGUUUGUUUGGAUAAAUAUGGCAAGUGACACGGAAAAAGUGCUAAAGGUAAAAUGUACAGGGGAACGACCUGUUGUGUGCCACUUUGUCGAAGCGACAGUGUUCAAAAUUCGGAAUUAUCCUUCCAUAAAUUUCCUGUGAGAAAUAUGGCUGAAUUUUAUAUUGAGAAUACAAAGUGAACCUUUUAUAAAAAAGCCACAAAGUGUGUUUCUUACACUGAGAAAUCUUUUAGUGCAUUGCCAACUCUCGUAAAAUAUCAUGUAGCCAAACCGUUAACAGUAGCCAAGGCAGGGAACAUAUAUAAUUAUAGACAGCUAGUGAGACUGAACAACCCAGUUUGAACAACAAACGACUGGCAUUGAUACACAAGAGUCAACCAAUGAAAGAUUAAAAACUGAACAUGCAGCUUUACAGUUAUCAUCUAAAUACGAACAGUGUGUAUUGCGAAUAGAACAUGUACUUGCCAGUGACACAAAUUUUAAAUUCUAUACAGGUUUUCAAAAUUAUGCAACAUUUAAAGUUUUCUUUGACUUUCUGCAAGCACCAUGUAAUUUCUUAACUUAUGCUGGUUCGAGUAACAAUGUAGAAUACUCGGCAGAAUAAAAAAGCUGCGGCGAAAAAGAUCAAUGUCGCCUACUGUACGUUGUGGUCUUAUAUGGGUUGACAUAUUGCUCUCUGAAUUGGCAUUUCACAGCACAUGUUUCUCGUACAUAUAUGGGCUACUUGGUUAGAGUUUCUCUAUCACAAGUUAGGAUCAUUACCCAUCUGGGCAUCACAAGAUUAUACAACAAACUAUGCCACAGCCUUUCAAAAAAACCUACCCAAAUACCCGUGUAAUUAUUGAUUGUACAGAUUGAACAACAAAUUGAAAUGCCAACAUCAUUUAGAAGUCAGUCUGCAUUAUUGAAAAUGGGCACUUCACCUCACCUAUCCCAAAUGUUGUUGGCUCUGCAUAAUUAUAUAACAAGCAGUCUGGUUUCACCAAGCCAUGGAGCUUCUGUGUUAACAAAUAACCCACACUGAACACAUGCAGUCAUUACACAUGCAGUCAUUAUCAGUUCAUCCUGAAUUAUUUUGCUCUAAAUGUUUUUCAAUGGCAAUCUGCUCAUUACGGUUGCCCCACUUGACAUUCUUUACAUUGCUUGCUGGCAAAAGGAUUUUGCUAAGAAGUGAUGUGAGGAAAACAUUUUCUCUUCAUUUCAUUGCCGUACUGAAAUGUGAGGUAGUUACAGUAGACGGCCUCGUUGUCCAUGAAACCAAAGUUUGCUCUGUGACUGACCUCUUGUAUUGCAUUCAAUGUCAACCAUUUGUUCUUUGGGUGUAAAAAGAGUGUUUCGAGUAUCUGGUCUAUAUACUCCGGAGAAGGCAAAUGUUUGCACACUGCUGCAAAGGCAAAUGUUUGCACACUGCUGCUAGGAACAGUAAGUUGUUCCAGUAUAGAUGUUCAAAUUUUGUAUUGUACAUUUGAUUUGCAAAUAGGUUUGCAUUAUUGAAUGCCUUUUUUGAAGGCAAUUCCUCAACAAAUUCUUGAUAUUGGAAAGGUUCACAAUUGUUGGAUACUAAAGGCCCUGCAAAUAAUCACAAGUGCCAACAGUUUUCAAACCGGUCUUCACGUUUUCUUAAGUCUUCAACAUUUACAUGUUUAGCAAAAGCAGAUGCUGGGUUGUUGUAGUUUGCUGUGCAAUGUUUUUUCUGUCUUGAAAGUUGCCUUGCUUAUUUUUACUUUGUUGAAAAGCACUGCAGUAUCAAGUUUCUCAUUAGUAAGUUCAGUGACUGUCAGACUGUGUACAUGUUAAAUCAUGUGGGACUUCAGUUUAAUAAUUGACGUUGGAUAUUGAGUCCAAAAUUUGAAAUAGCAGGGCAGCUACAUGUUUACAGCAACGGAACCACCUGUACAAGUGCAACUUGCACAAGAUAUUUAACCAGUGUCUUAGACCUACAGUAGGUGAACAUAUAUUCCAUAGUGUGCCUUUUUCAUGGAGGCAUGCACAACACUUUUAAUUAACAGGAAAUAUUUUUCUGUGCCUUUCAAAACAUUAGCCUUAACUACAACCUGGGUAACCAUUUUAUCUUUGAACAGUUGAUAGCCAUAUUUUUAUGCUUGUGAGCAUUUGCAUGGUCCAAGUUUACUGAGUAGUCAGUUAUCAAAUGUUCCUUCAGUAAUGCAUGCAUGGGUAUUAAAAUACCACUGAGGUUUCUUGUCCACUGUAUUCCUUACUCCAUAUUUACAAACAGCAAACCAAACGGCUCGAACCUUUCCAAAAUAUACUCGAAACAAGCGAGGUUGCUUUAAAUUUGACUCGCGUAAAUAUGUUGUAGUUAAAACUCCAAUAAGACACUUGAACAGCAGUGAAUAGUACUUAAAAGUACUUUAUGAAUCUUUGAAAACCUUUGAAAUGUGAAAGCUUGGUAUUUCAAACAGUAACUGUUUUGAUUUUUCGCGCCAAACAACCUCAAUGUUUUGUGGUUGUGAAACGAACGUUUGAUCAAACAUCUGUUGUUUUGGGACGGUCAAGUGUGCAAACAUUUUUGUCUCUCGAGUCGCUAGAAUUAAACCGAUCAUUAAAAUUUUUAGGCAAAUAAUUGUUUACAACGUGUUUCUUCUUUCGAAAAUAAUUUAAUGCAGUACUCACCUUCAUGUUGUGAAAUAUUCAAAAAUUUGUUCCUGACUACUACGAAUCGAACUCCUUCCCCGCUUCAGUGACUUUGUACGCCAUGUUAAAUAUUUCAACCACACUCGCUCGUAGAAGUCCAAGACGAAGUAGAAAUAUGAAACAAGUCGUACAGAUUUCGUCAAAACUUUAAUCAAAGCGAAAAUGAUAAAAGUUUUCUUGCAAUUCUCAUGUGUUUAGCACCUUUCCUCGUUCGAAAAGUAUAAGCGCCAUGUUGAAAAAUUCUGCUGUGUAACUAAACUACCAUGAUGCUUAGCAAUUCCGCAAUUGGCCCAUUUCAGGAGGAUUUCAAAUUCAGGUCAUAAUCCAUGCAACUAAGUUGAAGUUUUAUAUUGUUUUAGAACUCCAAUCCUGUGGUUGAAAUAUAUGAUAGAACAUUUGAUAGGCUUGUCAGUCAAGAACCUGUUUUUAUCAAUUUUUAUGUCCCAUGGUAAGUUGCCAUUAUUGAUUCUUAUUUCAUUUUAUAUCAAACUUCAUAAUUGUAAACGUUUUUAGGUCAAAGGAGUCAAAAGCAAUUCAUGAAACAUGGAAAAAUUUGGGAAAACUUUGUCAAAAAGAAGGUUUAACUACAAUAGCACAGGUAAUGUUUUGUAGAUUCCUUCCUCUGUAAACAUACGUCGGAGUAAUUUAUCGUUCUUUGGGUGUGGUUUAGGCAGUGAGCUUCAUUGAUAGAUACUGUACCAUAUCAAACUUGCUUGGCUACCUAUUGCAGCCUGGAAAGAACAUGCUUACAUCAUGCAACCUGCCUUUAAACUACUCAGUCAUUCUAUCUGUAGAUAAAUAAAGCUUCCUUAAUUCUUACCAUAUUCUAUCCUUUCUUCUGUCUAUACCUCAUCAACAUUUAAUCUAAUCUCUUCUUUCUUCUGUCACUAUACAGAUCGACUGCUCACGAUUCUCUGAAGUCUGUAAAAAGUACGAGGUAUGA